UAGAUAUUGACGUCACUUCCUAGCGACAGAGUACACACACCCUCUACACAUGUGGACAAUGUGUCUUUCUCCAGCGUUUGAGUAGGCAAAGGCAACACAUACUCUCAAGGCUGGAUUCGCAAACUUCACGGUGUUACAGUCCUAGCUGUAACGGUUCUCGGCAACCCUCAGCGACUUCCAAGCAGAUGGCUGCUUCGAGAGGUGCUAGUCCCGCGUCUACUCCAAUUUUACAAGUGCGUACCGCCGUGGACGGUGCUUUACCAUUUGCAGCGAGAAUGUCUAGGGCCGGAAGUCGUUGGAAAAACCUGCAAGACGUUGUCGGUGGAUUAGCUAGGCAGCCAGAAACUGAGAAUGCUGCUUGGACUGGAGACCACUUUCCUGGAUCUGUGGACGCUCUUGAGCUGCAUCUCAUUUUUCCGUUUUCGUUGUCGGAUGAAGGGCGUUCUAGAGUACAGACCAGUAGUACUGGAGACAGUUUUGCGUUGUUGUUUGGUGACGAUGGUCAUCUGUUGUUCAAAGAGAUCCUGAGCACAGAAGAGAUUACGUCUGCUCAUAUUGGACCCUUGUCUGAAGGGUAUGGGAGAACAGUUUCUACUACUGAACAAAGACAUUGUAACGCCGAGACUAUCCUUGAAAUGACUGAUCAAAGAGUUUAUCAACUGCCUUUGAAUCUAAAGGACAAACAUGGCAAUGAAUAUGAACUAAAUCAGGUUUUUAUUCGAAAAUUUUCUUUUAAUGUUGGAAUUCUUCGGUUUGCUGCUAUGUCCAAGUCAGCAGUAGAUGUACAAGCUGUCUUGGAUGUCCAGAAUGGCAUAAUGCGACUUGAUGAUUCUAAGGAAGCAGGGCGGUUACGAGUAGUUGAGGAUGGAGUUGACAAAUUUGAUUUUCUUCCACGUGACUUUAUUGAAGGAAUUCUCAAUGAGAAGUUGGGAGAAGGGAACUGGCAUGCUGACAGAGAAGUUAAGACUGCUGCGUACAAUAUUGGUCAAAUGGAGUGGAAUGCAGCAGCAGGGGUUGAUGAAGCUUAUGUGAAUGACUUUAGGGACAACAACGUAUACACUCGUUUUGCAAACCCAAAUGGAGGCCUUUGGUCAUGUUUUCAUCCGGAUGGUGGUUGUACUUUGAUAUUCAUGGAUCAUGCAAACACUUUGCCAAUAUGGGGAAAGCAGAGCUCUAGUGUUUUGAGUCGCUCUUGCGCAAUCGUCAAGACGAGUUUAGGGAAGAAAAUUGAAGGACCUCUCAUAGCGUUUUAG